UCCUAAAAAGAAAACGCAGAGAGAAAGUAAAACCAAUGGAGGGGGCAUCCAAGGUAAUCAUGAGCGCAACACUGAUAAUGGUGGUGAGCCUGGCUAUUGUAUUAGCUCUAAUCCUAGUACUGUUAGCCGAGCUCUUUUGCUCUCUAUUACUCCGCUGGCGGCGGCUUAAAAACUCCACCUCUGCCUCCGGCCCUACCGUUACCAACACCGCAACUCCUGCACCUGCCUCUACAAACACUUUUUUCUACAUAUCGAAUCCCGUUUAUGACAAUGAUGCUGGUUGCAGCAAGCCAAAUACUCUGUUUGAGACUCCGAAUUCAUUGCCUUCCGUUUGAGCCUUCUCGUCAUGUUAAAAUACUCACUUCCAAUGACACCUCCAUCGAGUGAGUCCAAUGAAGAAGCUCCCAGCUCAGGCUUGUUCUGUGCCUCUUAAAGAUGCUAGCACAUUAGUCACUUCAGGCAUUGAUUCUAAUAGCAACAAUGGUGUUUCAUCAUCUUCAUCCGGUUCUCCAUGCACUUUUCCUUCAUGAUGAUCAGGGUUUCUGU